UUCACCAUGUUGGAUCCGUUGCUCAUCUCAGCUGCCUUGUGACCGACAGUUUGAUCAUGUCAGCGGCAGCGGAGCGUCGUGGGCCCGAAGCGUAGCGGUUCAACCGGGCGGCUUCCUGUUCUUCCGCUGACAGCAGGGCUCACCGACACCGACACGGACACGGACGGAGGGACGACUGUUUUGAUACGGACACCUAUGAGCUAGCUCCAAGCUGUCAGGUUCAUCACUCCUGUCUUCUUCCUAGCUCCUGGCAGCGGGAGAGCUGAUCCCGCAUUAAAAGGGUUUAACUUUGUUCCCGCAUUGUUAUUUAUCCUCCCUGGGUCCGUUGAUGUGAGCCGCAGGAGGACACAGAACAACACAGCAAAACACUUCGCUGUCGAUGGGGGAAAGAAGCUGUCUCCCAGCCGCGUGUGAGGGUUUCUCUGCCCCUGCUCUGAGUCCUGCCUUGAAGCGUCGUCCUCUGGCACAGUGAUGGGGGUUUGUUUCCUGGCGCACGGCUCGGUGGAUCGGUGUAAUAAUAUGUGAGUGGAGCGAACGGCCGAGGCCUGGGCCCGCCUGCCUGCCUGCCUGCCUGCCUUCUGUACUGUGGCCUGGGCUUGGGAUACACCUCCUCUGCACCGGAUCAGCAGCGUUAAUUACGGCCGGAGAUUAGCCGUGUUUACGGAGGAGCAGUCUGGAGGAGGAUUCACUUUGGAGGAAUAGAUGAGAUUUCCAAACCGGUCCGAGCCCCGGGGGUGGGAAGAGCAACGGUGCUGGACCGGGGCGUGUGGCAAACUUGGACAGUUUUAAAGGAUGAAUGCGCUGCUGCCUCCCAUGUGACAGACUCUAGAUCACACUGUGCUAUCAGGAGGGAGGGGGGGCUCCAUCUCUAUCAUGAGGGACAUCUAGGACCACCGACUUUUUCUUUAUUGAGGGGGGUGCGGGUUAUUUUCGAUUAAGUCUUUUUGAGUUGCCAUUUUUAGUAGUAGGGGCACUGCACAGGGUUUUUUAGAGUGGGCUGCUCAUUGCUGGAGCUACAUGCUCAUGAUAUUCUCUCCAUCAUUAGCCCUGGGCCACAGCAGGCUAAUGGUGUGCCAGCCACAAAAUUAAUUUACAGCAAGUGGGUCAGAGCCUUGUUGGCAUUAUGAUAAAGAGGCACAGCACAGUGCUUUCUCUCCCCACAGGAUGGAAGUAGCUGCUGCUGGAUGAUUUAGAACUCAGCUCAGUUUUCUGUAUGUUGUCUUAAAGUUUCAUGAGUGGCAGUGUUGCAGCCUGGUAGCCAUUAGCAUCACUUUUAGAAGGAAGUUCUGACAGGAGGCGUUGUAGUGUCAGUGGAUGGCUCUUUGCGGCACAGCAGCUACAAAUGUUCCAAAAAUGAUGGCUGCUUACAACGGUGGCUCCUCAGCAGUGGCUGCCCAUCACCCGCACCACCACCACCAGCUCCAGCACCUUCCGCCUCCCCACAUGCACCACCACCACCACGCUGGCCAGCACCAUUUGCAGCACCCCGGCUCCGCCGCAGCCGUGCACACGGUCCAGCAGCACACGUCCACGGCUGCUGCUGCGGCGGUGAUGCUCAACCCUGGGCAGCAGCAGCCGUACUUCCCUUCACCUGCUCCCGGACAAGCCCCCGGGCCGGCAGCAGCGGCUCCUGCCCAGGUUCAAGCUGCCGCCGCCGCUGCUGUCAAAGCCCACCACCACCACCACCACCAGCACCAGCAGCAGCAGCAGCAUCAGCAGCAACACUCACACCACCUACAACAGCAUCUGGACAUAGAGCCUGACAGGCCCAUCGGCUACGGAGCAUUUGGGGUAGUCUGGUCAGUGACGGACCCCAGAGAUGGAAAGCGAGUUGCCCUCAAAAAGAUGCCCAAUGUCUUCCAAAACCUUGUAUCUUGUAAGAGGGUGUUUCGGGAGCUGAAGAUGCUGUGUUUCUUCAAACAUGAAAAUGUUCUCUCCGCUCUGGACAUACUACAACCUCCACACAUCGACUACUUUGAGGAAAUCUAUGUGGUGACUGAACUGAUGCAAAGUGACCUCCAUAAGAUUAUCGUAUCGCCGCAGCCUCUGAGCUCAGAUCACGCCAAAGUUUUUCUUUACCAGAUUCUACGAGGACUUAAAUACCUUCAUUCUGCUGGCAUUCUACACCGAGACAUCAAACCUGGCAACCUCCUGGUCAACAGCAACUGUGUGCUCAAGAUUUGUGAUUUUGGCCUGGCGCGUGUGGAGGAGUCAGACGAGUCACGUCACAUGACUCAGGAAGUCGUGACACAGUACUACCGAGCUCCAGAGAUCCUCAUGGGGAGCCGGCAUUACUCCAACUCCAUCGAUAUCUGGUCUGUGGGCUGCAUCUUCGCUGAGCUUCUGGGGAGACGCAUCCUCUUCCAAGCCCAAAGUCCCAUUCAGCAGCUGGAUUUAAUCACUGACCUGUUGGGGACUCCCUCUAUGGAGGCCAUGAGGACGGCGUGUGAAGGCGCGCGUGCACACAUUCUCAGAGGACCUCACAAACAGCCAUCCCUUCCUGUUCUCUACACACUGUCCAGCCAAGCGACCCAUGAAGCUGUCCACCUCCUCUGCAGGAUGCUGGUGUUUGAUCCAUCAAAGAGGAUUUCAGCGAAGGAUGCCCUGGCUCACCCUUACCUGGACGAGGGUCGACUGCGUUACCACACAUGCAUGUGCAAGUGCUGCUACACCACAUCCUCUGGCCGUGUUUACACCAGUGACUUUGAGCCUGUCACUAAUCUGAAGUUUGAUGAUGGCUUUGAGAAGAACCUGAGCUCUGUGAGACAGGUCAAAGAGAUCAUCCAUCAGUUCAUUCUGGAACAGCAGAAGGGGAGUCGAGUGCCACUCUGCAUUAACCCUCAGUCAGCUGCUUUCAAAAGCUUUAUCAGCUCCACAGUGGCUCAGCCCUCUGAAAUGCCUCCAUCUCCGCUGGUGUGGGAAUAGCUGCUGCUGCUGCUGCUGCUGUUGCCGCUGCUGCCGCUGCUGCUGUGUUAUCAUCUUUCCCAAAUGACAAGCUGCUAAACUGGGAACAAGAAUGCAUCUCAGCGUCUUCUGUCAUCUGCGUAGCAUUUCACUGGAGAGCAGGACUCACAGGUCUGCUGUGUGUAUGCCACAACAUAUGAAGCAAACGAAGAGAAAUCCACUGGUGACUGCUUUAUGGGGUGUAGUGGAGGGUUUGGUAUGCAAAUGAAUGACACAGAAGCUCUGUAGACCAAAUCAGAAUGUUUGAAACAAACCCAUCUGUUCACUUCCACAUAGAUUAGAUUUAACUGCUAUAUGAAGUACGUUUUUUUUUUGCUGAAUAUAUUAAUACCAAUUUAAAAAAAAAAAAAAAAAGAUGUCUAUUUUAAAAUUUCUCUAAUC